ACGGGUUGGCUCCUUCUAGGAGCUCUCCGGAUUCCCGGUGGGGCGAAGGCGGGGUGGGAGAGAGUCCCGGUAGCUCCUGCCUCCUAGCGAUGGCGCCGCGGUGCCGCGCCCAGUCUCCUGCCUGCUUGCCCGUACUCACAGCUAUCGGGAGUCCGGUCAGACGUUGAGAAUUGAAGCGGGUUCAAGGGAGCGGCGGGACGCUGCCUGCCACGGGGACCAUGUGGAGAGGUCAGACCUGUGGGGCCGAUUACGGGAACAGCCGCGGCACCUGCUGAGAGGAAAGAGGGAGCUGCCGGGUGCGGCGGCGACUUGCCAGCGCCUCGGCCAUGUCGCUGCUCUGUGUGCGCGUUAAAAGAGCCAAAUUCCAGGGUUCACCAGAUAAAUUUAACACCUAUGUGACCCUGAAAGUGCAGAAUGUGAAGAGCACAACUGUAGCAGUUCGUGGUGAUCAACCUUCUUGGGAACAAGAUUUUAUGUUUGAGAUUAGUCGCCUGGACCUGGGUCUGAGUGUGGAGGUAUGGAACAAAGGACUGAUCUGGGACACCAUGGUGGGGACCGUGUGGAUUGCACUGAAGACGGUUCGUCAGUCGGAUGAGGAAGGGCCUGGAGAGUGGUCCACGUUGGAGGCAGAGACACUGAUGAAAGAUGAUGAGAUAUGUGGAACUAAAAACCCAACUCCUCAUAAGAUUUUGCUUGAUACAAGAUUUGAGCUGCCUUUUGAUAUCCCAGAGGAGGAGGCCAGAUACUGGACUUACAAAUUGGAGCAAAUCAAUGUCUUGGGAGCUGACAGUGAGUAUUAUAUUCAAGAAGAAAGCCAGAGGAAGCCAUUACCCACUGCUGCCGCCCAGUGUUGUCACUGGACCUAUUUGGGCUGGGGAGAGCAGCAGACUUUUGAAGAUCCUGAUAGUGCUGUUGAUGACCGAGAUAGUGACUAUCGCAGUGAGACCAGCAAUAGCAUCCCACCUCCUUACCAUACGACUUCCCAGCCCAAUGCUUCUGUGCACCAGUUUCCUGUGCCUGUGCGAUUGCCACAGCAGCUGCUACUUCAGGGCAGUUCCCGGGAUUCUUGCAAUGACUCUAUGCAAAGUUAUGAUCUUGAUUAUCCAGAGCGGAGGGCCCUCAGACCAGACUUGCAGGCUAAGAAUGACAAAAUUAGGAUUAUUUCAGCUUUCUCUGAUGUUGACUAUGAAGAGCAAGAAGGUAUAUAUGAGGAGAUAGAGGGGGAAAUACCACAAGCGUUUCUAGAAAACAGUAACAUAAAGGAAGCAGAAGUAAAAGAAAUUAGAACUCUUUCAAAAACUGAUAAAUCUUACAGCCGUCAAGAACAACAGAAGUACAAGAAUUGGGAAAAGAUACCAUCACAGGGCCAAGAAACUGAAUUCUCUACUGCCUUUAAUUUUGACCCUAAGUAUGAAACAUCUGUGUUCUCCAGUUAUCCUCAGAAAUAUGAUACAGUAGAUAGGAGAAGAAAAAAUAAACCCUUAUACCGUGAUUUUGAACACAGUCAAAGAACACAGUACAAUGAAAGAUCAGAAACUAAGACUGACUUCAAAAGUACAUAUCCUGACACUGAAAAUUGUAACAUUUGCCACACUGAAAAGAAGAAACAAAAUUACCCAAUUUUGCACCCUUAUAAAAACGGCUUUGUGGUCAAGAGUGGCAUCUGGACCACCAAGUUGGAAAAUCAUGAUUACGAUCUUUCUGGUGGUUACAAGAACUGUGAAAAAUCAUCUGGCUUAAACCAGCAUGUCACUAAUUUCACUCCAUUAGAUAUUCUUGAAGAUUCUACUAGUAGUACUUCUGAGGAACUUCUGAGUUCUCCUCUCACUGAUAAGCCAGAAGGUUUACUGUCACCAAUAAGUUAUCCAUCCAAUAUCCAUCAUAUUGGAGGCUUUCCUGAAGAAUACAAUGUAACAAAUCCAGCAUUCCCAUCACAAAAGAUGAACUGUGAUGCAAACACACUUGGAGAUCUGUCUGGGUGCCCCAUGGAAGAGAUGACCCCUCCCUCUCUUGAGGAACCCAAGGAGGACUAUGUUGAUACAAUGGAUGAGCUUCAGUGUUUGGUAGAAACUGUGUCAGAAUAUUUAGCAGAGAAAGAAGAGGAGAUUAAUGGAUUUGGUUCCCUUUCACGAACUGAAAAAUCACUUAAACACAAUAGUACUGGUAAUAAUGCAGAACAGAAAAUGCUUGGAGAUCAAAUACCACCUUUAACCAUUGUCAAGAAUGACAAGGACAAGGCUGUCUCUUUCCCUGAGCUGAAUGGAGUGAAAUGUGCUGUUGGUUCUUUGUUCAGUUCACUUACAGAAAAGGUAGGUUCAGGCACAAAGCAUCUAACAACCUCUGUGGAAAAGCUGGUUUAUUUAGUUCCAGAGAAAACAGAAACUCUUAAUCAGAUAGAGACGACUAAUUCAGGAUCUAAACCCAGAGCCAAGUCUGUAUUGGGGAAGGAUCUUUCCAUGCGAUCUCCAUUAUUCUCUCACACAGUUGAUAAUAAAGAUUUUGGCAGCAAUGACAAAACUUCUGAAAAUGAGCACACAGGUGGUAAAACUGGAAAUUUAAGCCUUCAGGAUGCAGCAGAGACAACUGGAAGGGACUCCACUCCACAGAGUCAGAGUUCAGUUAUAAAGUCUGUUUUCAGCAUGUUAAAUCCAUUAAAGGUCUUUUCCGAAAAGAAUGAAACCAAAAAAGAUGACCAGAACAAGCCAACAAGAAAGGAAAGCUUUGUUGGGUGUGGUUCAGAGUCAAAUCAAAGGAAAGACACCCUUGGCAAUGACAAUAAAAUCAUCACUUUAGAUAGGCAUGAUGGAGAAACUACAAGCUCAUCCCAGAUGCCCACAAGUGAAGAUUUGUUGUCUUCCCAAGUGACCAAUGAACCUUCAAGCUUAGGUGGUUCUGCAAAUAAAAAAGAUGAUAUUGAGAGUCUCUUGGAAAGAAAACCCUGUACAGAUUUGUCUCUGGUACCACAUCAAUCAAAAAUAUGUGCCCAAAACACUGUAGGACAUCCUUGUAUAGCUGGCAGUACAACUGCAAAUAGAGAGUCUUCUUCAAAGACAGUAGAGGGGGAGAAAGUUACUGGUAAUGAUGAUUUUCUUGAGCCACUCAGAAAAUCCUUUAGCCAGUUUUUGCUCACUUCACCUGAGACCUGUUCAAAGGAAACUUUGUCAGAAUCUAUGAAAAUUCACCAGUUGGAGGAAGAUGGAUGGGAAAGGGGCCAUAAGAAAAAUGGACAUUCCUUUUCCUUUAAUAGAAAACUACAUAUUCCAUUUUUCAGAGUUCUUAGUCAUUCUGAGAAACAGCAAGAUUUAAGAGAGAAAGGAAGCAUUUUUCCUCUUUUUAAAUUUCCUUUCACUGAUGGUCGUACCACUGUCAAUGACCAGAGUUUUCCUGACUCAGCAGUAACUGUUGAUGAAGAGAUCCAAAGAAACUGCCAUGAAAAUGCCAAACUUAAUUUAAUAAAAUCUAGUUCAGUUCCAAAUAUUCAUAAUAAUUUAGGGAAACCUGAUGAUACAGAAACAUUUAAUAAAAAUGACCAAAUAAAUUGUCCUGAAGAUACCACACUUAAUAGAAUAAAGUCUAAUUCUGUUCCAAUUAUUAAUAACGAUCGUGGGAAAUUUGGGAAUAUAGAGAAAUUGAAUUCAAGUGAUCACACAGCAGCAGAGAACUGUCGGAUAGAUACUUUAGCCAUCCCUGAAGUUGUGUCCAAAGAAUAUAUUCCUUCAGAUUCUUCAGAAGAAAGUAAGACUCUUAUACAAGUGACAUCUUUAACAGUAUCAGACUCAUUAACAUUUACUUCUACCAUUUCAAAAUCCACCUUGGUUAAUGAAAUUAAUGAAGACAGACUUGUAGAUAAAGCCUCUAAGAAAAGAAUCCAAGGAGGCCUCCUUUCUGGCCUAUUUAACAGGUUUUCUUCUCUUGAAAACUUGUCUAAUCAACAAGAAUUAAAUUUGAAAAGUGGUGACUCUCAUCACAAGAAUAAUACUCCAGGAUUACUCUCUGGAAUAUUUAACUUGAUACACAAUAACAAUGUGACUGAUUGUAAACCAGAUGAGGCAAAGUCCAUGUCUUUAGGCAAUAUAAAAAGUUUGAAUGGAAAUAAACAUUUAUCUGUGGAUGAGAUCCCUGUUACUUCAUGUGUGACUUCUGAGAAUCAGAGGAACCAUGUUGAAAAAGAAGAAACAUCUGGCUUAAUAAAAAACUUUAUAUCUUUACCUAAAGAAAACAUACCAUUAUCUGAUGCUUGGGGUGAUAAUGAUCAUUGCUCUCCUAUGUGGAAAAACCAGCUAAGUGAAAAGAAUUGCCCCUCUUCUGAGGACAGGAUACUUGACUUUGCUCCGAGCACUCAGCAGGGCCUCUUAGAGAAAUCUUUGGCUGAGAGGCUGACACCACACCAUGUUCUUAAGGAGAAAAUACAUGAAAAUUCAAACAAGUUAAACCCACAUACAUUAAAUACUAACAUUCUUAAUAAAUCAAACCACUAUCAGGCUUUUGAAGAGAUGAAUAAUCCUUUCUGUUCUGAAUGGGACUCUGAUAUAAAAGAUUUCUCUAAAAAUUCCAGAAAACUUCAGCCGGUUUAUUAUAUGCUAAAUCAAAAUACAUUCCCAUCAGCUGAUGUUUUUUUGUGGCCUGACUCAGAAAGCUCAGCAAUAAAUUUUUGCCAAAAGGAUCAAACUGCAAAUAUCUUGGAGUGGAAAACAAAUCCAAACAGUGUCAUUUGGCGUGACUUACCAUAUGAAUCAUUGGACCAGUUAGCAUUUAAUGAAGAUAACUUAUUAAGAAGUGAUAUGUGGGCAGCUCACUCAUUAUAUGGAAAUUCAUAUCUUCCAAUUAGUGAGACUAUGAAUUCACUAGAAGAAUUGCCCAUUGACUUAAGUUGUUCUUCAGGUUAUGAGAAGACUACAUAUUCUGUAGUUGAUCAAGAAUCAUUAAGAAUGGAUGAAAACUUUGUUUUUUCAAGUGUCAGUUAUGACUACCAGGAAUGGUGGUCAUGUCUUGAAAAUGGAGUGUGGUGGCCAUCAGAGAAUGGAGAUUAUGGAUAUUAUAUGUUUCAUGAUGGUCAGUAUAUGUAUUAUCUCCUCACUGAUUCUACUGGGCAGUAUGCCUAUUUAUUUAUACCUGAUUGUUCUUAUCCAGAAUAUUUUAAUUGUGAUUUACAAACAAAUGAUCUAUCAAGUAUUAUGUUGGAUGACAGCAUUAUAUCAGCCUGUAGUUUUAAAGUACAUGACAAGGAAGAUGAAUUAUCCUGGUAUGUUGAAGAGGAACCAAUUGAUGACCCUCUUGAUUUAUCUGUAGUUUUGCCAAAAAGUGAGGGACCAGUGUAUCUAAAUUUAGGAACCUUUUCACAAGUACUUGAACAGACAAGUUAUAGCCAAAAGGAUCAACCAUUAGAUUUUUCAGGCUAUAAUCUUCAAAAGUUUAAAGGAAAUUUUAGAUCUUUUGAAGAAGUGGUGUGUAGUUCUGAAGACUUUGAAUAUAUAUUGGAUCUCAGAAAUCAGCCCCAAACUAUUGGUAAUCAUGACUUAAAUAAAAAUCCUGUUAUAGAGAGAAGUAAGUAUCAGCUUCUUGCUAAGGAUGCAUCAAUUUACCCUUCCAGUUUCCAUUGGAUUCAGUCUUCUGAAGAAGCUACCUCUUUGGUUCAUUUUGAAGAUAUGACUAAUAGCCUACAGCAAACAGGAGAGAUGUCAUCACUGAAAAAAGGAACCUCAUUAUUUUCUGCUUUGGGUGCUUUGGUUACAAGGACUUUGAAUUUUGAUGAGAAUGAAUCCUUAGAGUCUUUGGUUUUAAAGAAAAUGAAUCAGGAGUCAGACUUAGCAGAGCUCACAAAUGGUGGUGUUCAGUCAUUAAUCUUGAAUAAGCAAUUAGAGAGUAACUCCCAAAAUGAAGAAGAAGGUCUUCUCAAAAAGGAUUUAGAAAGAAAAACAGUACCCAAUGUUCCGCAACCAGAAUUUAAAAAUAUGAAGCAAAAAUUCCCUUUAAAUAAAAGUAUUCAUGUGAAAACACAAAGUUUGUUAAAAUCUGUUGUCCAGGUAAGCCAAAUAACUCCUCAGGCUAAAGCGGAUAUAGAAAAUGAGGAAAUCAUUACAGUUGACUCUGUUUCCAUUCCUCUUACAUCACAAUUCAGUAAGGAUGAACACAAGAACUGUGAGCUUCUCCAUGACCAGUCUUCCAAAGAGUCUGAGAGAACAUUAUUUAAAAGUGCAUUGAAACUCUUUGGCCGGGGAGAAGACCCUUCAGUAAGUGUGGUGUCAAAUGGAAAACAGGCAUCUGGAUUUUUGAACCUUUUUAAAACCCAGGCAAAUAAAGAAGGAUCACCAAAUUUAGAAAAGAAUGAAGAUAAAAAUAUACCUUCUCAGCAAAAGAAUGAAUCUUCUGGUGUUUCAAAUUUUUUUGGUACCCUUGGGGACUUAUUUAAAACCAAUGUAUCUUCUAUACAGACAACUGAAAAUAUGUCUGUUUCCUCUAUGGUUAAUAAGGAUGAAGUCAAAUCAAGUCCUAAUCCUGCACAGCUAAAUAGCCAGGAUGUUGGGAACUUUUCUGCUAUGCCAGUUGCCUCUAAAAGGAAGGUUCAAGUUAGGAGUCUGAACAAGCAGAUUACUAUUGAUGACAGUGGGCUAAAAGAACCAUCAACUAUAGAUAUACAGAGUAAUAAUUUGACUGGAAAAGAGGUAUCUUCCAGAGACCACCUAAUCCAGCAAUCACCAAAUCCAUCGUUCUCAAGAAAUUGUCUCAAAGAGUCUUCCAGAGAUUCUUCAAUAGAAACUAACGUUGUGUCUACAGUGACAGAAGUUUCAGGAAGUAGUAAACUGUCUGUUGAUAUUCUGAGCAGAAGAAAUUCAAACGAACAGGAUCAUUCUUCUGACCAAGACUGGAGUUUUUCAACUGCCACAACAUCUCCAUCUCAGCCAGAGUUGCCAGCCAGAAAGAGUAUAUUUUCUUUCCUGACUGGAUCUGAAAAAUCUGAGAACAGAGCCUCUGCUGCUCUACCAAGAACCAAAUCUCAAGCAGAAAGGCUAUUCACACUUCCUUCCUUUUUUUCCACUACUAACUCAAGCAGCAAGAAGGAUGCCGCUCAUAAUAGCCCUUUUAGUUUCUUCAGCUUGUCCUUUUUGGACGAAAAGCAGCAGACUCCUGGGGAAAAACAUAGCCUUUCAACAGUUGCUCCAGUGACUUCUCAGCCCUGUAAGAAGCCAAGUGUUUUUGUAGACAUGAGUGGCACAAUGACUAGAGAAGGUUCCAGUGGCAAUAGAGAUCGCAUAGUCCAGGAGGUAGCUCAUGAACAGCAAAUAGUUCCUUGUGUUUCUAUUAGCAACACUACUGAGGUUACUUGCCUUACAGAUGAGCUCAAUGUAGAGGACCAUCAGGGAAAACUAGAUUCUAGUAAUGGACCAGGGACAUCUUUAGCAAAUUUCCAGAUGAAUAAGUUGCAAGACGAUGUUCCUCAUUCACCAGGAUUUCAGGUACAAACUGAAACUCUGCUCAUUGGUCCAGAGACCCUUGGGGUAGCUCCCUAUGAAGAACAGCCUUUCAUACAGGAAGUCUUCCCUUGUGACAACCUGGCCAAGUCUUUUUCACAUGAUAACCAUUUGACUAAAAAGCUCAGCAAUUUAGACAGUUGUACUAACUACCACCACAAUGAAAGAUUUACGAGUGACCCUUUGAACUUGCCAUUAGAAAAGGCGCCUGAUGACACCUUAACACAGAUCCUGGAGGCAACCUCGCCCUCUGUGGAGCAAGGGUAUACAGGGCACUUCCAGAGCCUAGAGACAGAUAAAGAGGAAGACAAAUCAAUGUUGGGCUCUUCAGUAGAAAUGUUUUCAGGGUUUGUGACAAAAGUGAAAUCUUUCUCUGAGUGCUUAAUUGAACCUCCCAAAACUUUCUCUGGACUUUUCUCCUCUCCUAAACCUCCAACAAAAAACUCCUUUUUCUCUCUUUCUUCUCGUGCAUCAUCUCAGUCCCUCAAAGGUGAGUUACUUGGAAUUUUUAAAAGUCCCAAAUCAGAGACUCACAAACAAGAAUCGCCGAUCCCAGCUACUGCAUGGCCUCAAAAUGGUAGUUGCAGAGAUACUGUAGGAUUAGUACCUCCAGAAAAUUUAUGGAGAGAAACUUCCUCUCCAGCAUUCAAUUCAGAAUCUACUCUCAGUGAGUGUAGAAUGACUGUGGUUAGUGCAAAGUCAGACUCCAAGAUCCUGAUAGAUGAUACUAAAUUAACAGCUGAAAUGGAAAACAAUAAUAUUCCUGACAAUAUUCUAGAAUCCCAAGAUUCUGAAACAAUUAGGGCUGCACCUUCUGUUUCAGAGGAUGAUACUGGACAAGGAGUAUUAUCUCUGAGUGAUGAAGGAGACAUGGGGUUGUUGCAGGGCACAGACACAGAGACAUCAUUGGAAGCAGAGCACAUUUCAUUGCCAUCACAGUUGGAUCCAGAUCCUACCUGUGUGGCCAAAGAGCUUCCUCCUCCAUUUCAGCCACCCAGUCCUCUUGAGCCAGAGUCAACGAUGCAAUCUACCUCCACAAACCAAGACUUCUUGGAGCUACAGGCAGCCAAUUCAGUAGAAACCAAUACUCCACUAUUUAGUGAGGCAGAUGUUGGCCAGAGUGCCACACCAGAAACCCCAGGAUACCUUUUUCAACCACUCCUGGAGGAACCUGUGCUUUGUGCCAGAAAAAAUUGUGAGAUACUUGAUACCCACAAAGAUCUACCUACAGUCCCCCAAGAAACAGAGCAGCCAAGACCUCUUUUUGAGAUCCCAAAUAUGACCAAUUGGCCAAAACUCCAUUUCCCAUCCUCUGCCACUGACUGUGGGAAACCACUGAGGUCUUUCUUUUCCCCACCUUCCUCCUCUGGCAGUAGAGCAGCAGAGCCUGGUUUAAUGGGCAGUUUUAAGAAGUUGUCAAAUCUAUUUGAGGGAGGUAGUGAGGGGAAAGGGAGUACACUGGCAGGUGAUCUAAAACUAAGGUUUGGAAAGAAGCUGGAUCUUUCAUUCACAUGGCCAAAAGAGAACAAAGGGGGCCCUGAACAAAUGCCUGCAGAAUCCUCUUCUCCAGUUUUGGUUAUCAGCGGCGAUCAGGAUCUUAACUCUAGUGAGGCUGACAAAACUUUAGAGGCUUCUCAAAUAGCUGGAGCUAGUGCUGAGCCAGCUACUCAGCCCUCUGGGACCUCUGAGCAGCUGGAGACCAAGCCAAGUAUAUGUACUCAAGAGCUUUCAGGGCCUGGAGAAAUGGAAAACCAGCAGGGAAUUUCAGCAUCUGGAGAACACUGGGGUUCCAAAAGCAACCUCUCGACCUCCACCUGUCCUUCAGGGAGUCAUAAGGAAGAACACUGCACUGUCACUGAGCUACUUCACCAGCCAAAAACACAAGAGGAGGUGAUGCCUGCUAGCUCUGAGUCUCUUUCAGAUGUGCCGCAGCCAGUCACUUUGCAUGACAUCAAGGAACCAGAGACCGACAAAGGGCCUGUUUUCAUUGAGCUACUUCACCAGCUAGAGAGACAAGAAGAGGAGGUGGUGCCUGCUAGCGCUGAGGCUCUUUCAGAUGUGCAGCAGCCAGUCACUCUGCAUGACAUCAAGGAACCAAAGACCAACACAAGCCCCACCAGCAGUAGUAGGUAUGGCUCCUCCUGUAAUGUGAGUCAAGGAAGCUCUCAGUUGAGUGAACUAGACCAAUGCCAUGAACAAGAUGAUGACCGUCGGGAGAGGGACUCGAUUCAUUCAUGCCACAGCUCUGGCAGCUUCUCCAGAGAUGGCCAAGUGGGCUUUGGAGAACAAGAGAAAGCCUUGGAGGUGACAGGUGAAGAGGAGAAGGGGACAGCAUGUGAACCCAAGGAGAGGAAAGAAGAUGCCACAAUCCAUCCUCCCCCAGAUCUGGUGCUACAUGAAGACCGUGUCCUAGGCCCCCAGGAGAGCUUUCCUGAGGAGAAGGCUUCUUCACCGUUUACCCAAGCCAGAGCGCACUGGAUCCGAGCAGUUACCAAGGUUCGACUCCAGUUGCAGGAGAUUCCAGACGAUGGUAACCCCUCUCUGCCCCAGUGGCUCCCAGGAGGGCCAGCUGGAGGGCUCUAUGGCAUUGACAGCAUGCCAGAUCUACGUAGAAAGAAGCCACUGCCACUUGUCAGUGAUCUGUCAUUGGUCCAGUCCCGGAAGGCAGGGAUUACUUCUGCAAUGGCUACACGCACAUCUCUCAAAGAUGAAGAGUUGAAAUCCCAUGUGUAUAAGAAAACCCUGCAGGCCUUAAUCUACCCCAUCUCGUGUACCACACCCCACAACUUUGAGGUCUGGACAGCCACUACCCCUACCUACUGCUAUGAGUGUGAAGGUCUGCUCUGGGGCAUUGCCCGGCAGGGCAUGCGCUGCAGUGAGUGUGGAGUCAAGUGCCAUGAGAAGUGCCAGGAUCUGCUCAACGCCGACUGCCUGCAACGGGCUGCAGAAAAGAGUUCUAAACAUGGAGCUGAGGACCGGACCCAGAAUAUAAUCAUGGCCAUGAAGGACCGCAUGAAGAUCCGAGAGCGGAAUAAGCCAGAGAUCUUUGAAGUUAUCCGGGAUGUCUUUACUGUGAGCAAAGUGGCCCAUGUGCAACAGAUGAAAACAGUGAAGCAGAGUGUACUGGAUGGCACCUCCAAAUGGUCGGCCAAGAUUACCAUCACUGUGGUGUGUGCCCAGGGCCUACAAGCCAAGGACAAGACAGGAUCCAGUGACCCUUACGUGACUGUGCAAGUGGGCAAAACCAAGAAGCGUACCAAGACUAUUUUUGGGAAUCUGAACCCUGUUUGGGAAGAGAAGUUCCAUUUUGAGUGCCACAACUCUUCUGACCGCAUCAAGGUACGUGUAUGGGAUGAAGAUGAUGACAUCAAGUCAAGAGUAAAACAGCGGCUUAAACGAGAGUCUGAUGAUUUCCUUGGUCAAACCAUUAUUGAGGUUCGGACACUGAGUGGCGAGAUGGACGUCUGGUACAACUUGGAGAAGAGGACAGAUAAAUCAGCUGUCUCAGGGGCUAUCCGACUACAAAUCAGUGUGGAGAUCAAGGGGGAGGAGAAGGUAGCACCGUAUCAUGUGCAAUAUACGUGUCUCCAUGAGAACCUUUUCCAUUACCUCACAGACAUUCAGGGUAGUGGAGGAGUCCUGAUUCCUGAGGCUCGAGGAGAUGAUGCAUGGAAGGUGUACUUUGAUGAGACUGCCCAAGAAAUUGUGGAUGAAUUUGCCAUGCGCUAUGGCAUCGAGUCCAUAUAUCAGGCCAUGACGCACUUUGCAUGUUUGUCAUCCAAGUACAUGUGUCCUGGUGUGCCAGCAGUGAUGAGCACCUUACUGGCCAACAUCAAUGCCUACUAUGCCCACACAACCGCCUCCACCAAUGUCUCUGCAUCUGAUCGCUUUGCAGCUUCCAACUUUGGGAAAGAGAGAUUUGUAAAACUACUGGACCAGCUGCACAACUCACUGAGAAUUGACCUCUCUACCUACAGGAAUAAUUUCCCUGCUGGAAGCCCUGAGCGGCUUCAGGACUUGAAGUCAACAGUGGAUUUGCUGACCAGCAUUACUUUCUUCAGAAUGAAGGUGCAAGAACUGCAGAGUCCUCCAAGAGCCAGCCAGGUGGUAAAAGAUUGUGUGAAGGCCUGUUUGAACUCCACAUAUGAGUAUAUCUUCAACAACUGCCAUGACUUGUACAGUCACCAGUACCAGCUGAAACAGGAGCUACCUCCAGAGGAACAAGGACCCAGCAUUCGGAACCUGGAUUUUUGGCCCAAACUCAUCACACUCAUUGUGUCAAUCAUAGAGGAAGAUAAGAAUUCCUACACACUCGUUCUGAACCAGUUUCCUCAGGAGUUGAAUGUGGGAAAAGUCAGCGCAGAAGUGAUGUGGCAGCUCUUUGCCCAAGACAUGAAAUAUGCACUGGAGGAGCAUGAGAAAGACCGGCUGUGUAAGAGUGCUGACUACAUGAACCUACACUUCAAGGUGAAGUGGCUCCACAAUGAAUACGUGCGAGAUCUGCCUGCCCUCCAGGGGCAGGUGCCUGAGUACCCAGUGUGGUUUGAGCAGUUUGUCCUGCAGUGGCUGGAUGAGAAUGAAGAUGUGUCCCUGGAAUUCCUACGUGGGGCCCUGGAACGAGAUAAGAAGGAUGGGUUCCAGCAGACAUCAGAGCAUGCGCUCUUUUCUUGCUCUGUGGUGGACGUCUUCACACAGCUCAACCAGAGCUUUGAGAUCAUCCGGAAGCUGGAAUGCCCAGACCCCACCAUCCUAGCCCACUACAUGAGGAGAUUUGCUAAGACCAUCGGGAAGGUGCUGAUGCAGUAUGCAGACAUCUUAUCAAAGAGCUUCCCAGAUUAUUGCAAAAAGGAGAAAAUGCCUUGCAUCCUGAUGAACAACAUGCAGCAACUGAGGGUCCAGCUGGAGAAAAUGUUUGAGGCCAUGGGAGGCAAGGAGUUGGAUUCUGAAGCUGCAGACAGUUUGAAGGAGCUUCAGGUGAAACUGAAUACGGUUCUGGAUGAGCUCAGCAUGGUAUUUGGAAACAGUUUUCAGGUGCGGAUUGAUGAGUGUGUUCGACAAAUGGCUGACAUCCUGGGCCAGGUGCGGGGCCCAGGGAAUGCAUCCCCCAGCGCCAGGGCCUCAGUGGCUCAGGAUGCAGAUAGUGUGCUCCGGCCUCUCAUGGACUUCCUGGAUGGCAACCUCACACUCUUUGCCACUGUGUGUGAGAAGACAGUCCUGAAGCGUGUACUGAAGGAGCUCUGGCGGGUGGUAAUGAACACAAUGGAAAGGAUGAUUGUUCUGCCCCCACUCACUGACCAGACGGGCACCCAGCUGAUCUUCACUGCUGCCAAGGAGCUGAGCAAUCUUUCCAAACUCAAGGACCACAUGGUUCGAGAGGAAACACGGAGUCUCACUCCGAAGCAGUGUGCCAUCCUUGACCUCGCUCUGGACACCAUCAAGCAAUACUUUCACGCAGGAGGUAAUGGGCUGAAGAAAACUUUCCUGGAGAAGAGCCCAGACCUACAGUCCCUACGUUAUGCCCUAUCUCUGUACACACAGACCACAGACACGCUCAUCAAAACCUUUGUUCGCUCACAGACUGCCCAGGUGCAUGAUGGGAAAGGUAUUAGGUUCACUGCUAAUGAGGACAUUCGGCCGGAAAAGGGGUCUGGUGUGGAUGAUCCUGUGGGAGAAAUCUCUAUUCAGGUGGAUUUGUUUACACAUCCUGGAACUGGGGAGCACAAGGUCACAGUGAAAGUGGUGGCUGCCAAUGACCUCAAGUGGCAGACAGCAGGUAUGUUCCGGCCCUUUGUGGAAGUGACCAUGGUUGGCCCACACCAAAGUGAUAAGAAGAGGAAGUUCACAACCAAGUCGAAGAGCAACAACUGGGCUCCCAAGUAUAAUGAGACAUUCCACUUCCUCCUGGGAAAUGAAGAGGGGCCAGAAGCCUAUGAGUUGCAAAUAUGUGUGAAGGAUUACUGCUUUGCCCGGGAGGAUCGUGUUCUGGGGCUAGCUGUGAUGCCUCUGAGGGAUGUGGCAGCCAAGGGAAGCUGUGCUUGCUGGUGCCCCUUGGGCCGGAAGAUCCACAUGGAUGAGACAGGCAUGACUAUUCUCCGGAUUCUGUCUCAGAGGAGCAAUGACGAAGUGGCUCGGGAGUUUGUGAAGCUCAAAUCGGAGUCUCGUUCCAUGGAAGAGGGGAGCUGAGCACCCAGGUUCCUGUGCCAACUGGAUGGCAUCAGUUUCACAAAUCAGGGCCAGUGAGAAUUACUAUAUAUCCAGCUUAGGGUCCUCAUAGUCAAGAGGCUGACUCCUUCAGUUUAAGGAAAAAUUUGGGGUGGUGAGAAUAUUUUCUCAGAAAGGCUCAGGAGUCCCUGACCAGCACGUCUGUGGUGCUAGGAGCUGGGCUGUCAGGGUUACUGCAUAGGGAGGUAGAACAGACAUUUCUGAGAGUGUCAGCCAUUAUUGUUGGUAGAAACCCCUUCACCCCCUAUCCCAUCUCUACCCCUCUCCAUGCCACACCUUAUUCAGUUAGACCCAUACAUAUAAACCAUUAGAAGAACAACGGUUCUUGUUGAACCAUUAGAGAGCCUGGAGCAUGUGCCUGGUUAGCUAGUCAGUUGAGCCUACAGUUGUCACUGAGCCCUAUAGUCUGGAUUGGAGUAUGCCAGGGCAGGAACAUACAAAUUAGAAUUUAGACUGUCCCUCAAGCAGUCUAAAACCAGGAUCCACCUGUUAUGUGAAAACAAGGCUUUGAAACUGAACAAGAUAACUUCUAGAAAUGACCUGUGCUAAUCCUUUUCUCCAAAUUAUAUGUCAUGAGUAGAAUGAGGUUCACAUGAUAACUUCAGAGCCCUGAGCAGGAAUAUUCUUUGGAACCCAAGCACCACAGGCUACCUGCCCGAGUCCCCCUCCCUCACUCCUAUAGGAAAGGGAGCAGUGAUGUUUCAAGACAUGAGUGGCUAUUCCUUUGUGUAUGUACCUGAGGCAUAGUUGAAGGAUCCAGGAGAGAGGGCUGUAUUUUCUUCUUGGGUAGGCCCUGAACAAAGCCAAAAAUUGUAGAAACCAGUCUAGAAAGAGUCCUCUUCACCUAUGGCCACUGCCUUCUGUUUGUCCUCCCCUUUGCAGAAAGAAUCUAGUCUUUGACCUCACUCCCUUUCAUCUAGAUCAGAUGCUGUUCCCCUCACAGAUGUUCAACCCUACAGAGGGAACUUGGACUAUGAUUCCUCUGUACAGGCUGGAUGGAGGGGGCUUCAACAUUUCCUGGGAGGUCAGAGAUGAACUCUUUCAGGAGAUCAUAUGGACUUCUCAGACCCUUCAUCAGAGAUGUGACACGGUUCUUGGAUACCCUUGGUAGCAGCCUCCUGGACCUCCUGAGGACUCUGUGUUAUCCAUAGCUGUGCUGGCCGUUACAUGAAACAAGAAAC